AUGGGCUGCGGGGCCUCGGCCUCCGGCACCGCGGCGGUUGAGACCGCGGUUUCCGCGGUCGCCAAAGAGGACGAGUCGGUAUCGGCCGAGGAGGAACCCACAACAUGGGCCUCGAAACCGACCCCUCAGGAUGUGUCAACCACUGCAGUCCAGGCAGAAGAACAGCCGUGGAAAGGGGGUGCUACAGGAUCAGCCGUGGAGCCUGGGCUGGUUCUGAGCGACCCAGACGAGGACUAUGGUGUCGAGGUGAUCUGCGAGGUGCGUGAAAGGGAUCCUGCGCGAAGUGAGGAAGUGAACCAAUAG